GCAUGCACCGUUCCCGGCCGCGGCUCGGUCUCUCCUAUUUCCUCUCACUCUCGCUGUCGCAGUGCACGCGGCCGCGCCGAGGCGGCAUCAGCGCGAUCCCGAUCGGCGCUUCUCUUGCGCUCCGUGCAGACGUUUUCUAGCGGUGCAAAGACUGUGCGAAGAUUUGUUCGGCAAGUGCUGUUUGUGACAUGGGGUUCUGCUCGCUCGUUCUGCCGCUCAAAGUUCGCGCUGACACGGCCAGCAGCGUUCCUUGACCUCGUUCGCGCGUGACACACUCCCACCACGGUAUCAACAAGCGUCUCCAGCUCCCCCAAGCUCCUGCACACUCGGCAUAAAUAAUCGACCAAGGGAUCGACAGUGAGCCGAGUGAGAAGAGCCAAGUGUAGCGACGUAAAGAAGGGGAAAAAGUGCUGAACAUCCCGGUUGCGUCGUCCUCUCCGUUGCCCAAGACGUCGACGACGCGCGAGCUCUCGUCGAGCGCAUAAGCCAGCGCGCGAGUAUACGUACAGCUCGCUCUUCGGCCCCGUGGACUCGAGCCGCUGGAGCGCGGCGAGAGGAGUUUGAGCGCAGUUACAAGGAGAGAUGUCGUACAGCCUGUCCCUCGAGCCGGCGUGCAACGAGCCGUACCUUGGCCCGAGCCUCGCGCAGGCCUGUCCCGGCUCGCAGUUCCUCGUCUUCAUGACCAUCCUCGACACGUUCGUGAGGGCCAAGCGCGAGGUUUCACGACUCUGCGAACGCGUGAUACCCGCGGACCCUGCGGACUACUACUACGACUUCAUUGUCGUCGGCGGCGGUACGGCGGGCGCAGUGGUGGCGUCACGUCUGAGCGAGGUGCCGGAGUGGAAGGUGUUGCUGGUGGAAGCCGGGCCGGACGAGCCUCCGGGUGCCGACGUGCCGAGCAUGGUGGCCAUGUUCCUGGGCACGGAAAUUGACUGGCAGUACCGAACGAUCAAUGAGAGCAACGCCUGUCUGUCGCAGGGCGGCUCCUGCAGCUGGCCCCGAGGCAAGAACCUCGGAGGCAGCAGUUCGCACAACGGCAUGAUGUACAUCAGGGGCAACGCCAAGGAUUAUGACGACUGGGCGGCCCUCGGCAACUAUGGCUGGACCUGGAAGGAAGUUCUACCGUACUUUCUUUGUUCGGAGAACAACACGGAGAUACCGCGCGUCGGCAAUAAGUACCACUCGGAGGGAGGUCUGUUGAACGUCGGGCGCUUUCCCUGGCAGCCACCCUUGACUGCUGACAUUCUUUACGCUGCGGCCGAAGUUGGUUACCCGAUCAGCGAGGACCUGAACGGUGACCGCAUAGUCGGCUUUACCGUCGCCCAGACGAACAAUCGAGACGGUGUGCGAGUCAGCAGCGCCGCAGCCUUUCUGCAACCGGUACGGAAUCGCAGAAAUCUUCAUGUGUUGCUCAACGCUACGGCCACUAGGAUCAUUACAGAGAAUCAAAGGGUCGUUGGAUUGCAGUACUAUAAGAACGGAGAGUUUCGAGUGGCCAGAGUUACGAGAGAAAUCAUCGUAUCAGGAGGAGCGGUAGGCUCGCCUCAGCUCCUGCUGCUAUCAGGCAUCGGUCCAAAGGAGCAUUUGCGUGCCGUGAAUGUAGGCGUGGUCAAAGACCUACCGGGUGUUGGCGAGAACCUUCAGAAUCACGUGUCUUACACAGUCUCUUUUACAAUCAAUGAACCGAAUGAGUACGAUUUAAAUUGGGCUGCAGCAACGGAGUACAUAUCCUUCCAGAAAGGGCCAAUGGCUUCAACAGGUCUAUCACAGAUCACAGGCAAGCUACCGUCAAGCUACACGACGCCUAAUCAUCCAGAUAUUCAGCUGUUCUUCGGCGGAUAUCAGGCGGCCUGUGCGACAACAGGCCAAGUCGGAGCCUUGCUCGACAAUGGCCGACGGAGUAUCAGUGUUUCACCAACCAAUCUGCAUCCGAGGAGUCGAGGCACAUUACGAUUAGCUAGCAACAAUCCUUUUAUAUAUCCGAUCAUACAGCAAAAUUACCUAACCAAUCCAGUUGACGUAGCGAUUUUGGUACAAGGAAUACGUAUAGCACUUUCAUUAGCCAAUACGUCAAUACUGAGAAAAUACAACAUUACUCUAUCAAAUCCACCAAUUCGCGCUUGUUCGAGAUAUCCGUUUGGUAGCAACGAAUACUGGGCGUGUGCAGUAAUGCAAGACACAGGCCCGGAAAAUCAUCAAGCAGGUUCCUGUAAAAUGGGACCCUCAACUGACCCUUGGGCAGUAGUAGAUCCUGAACUUAGAGUUUAUGGAGUAAAAGGAUUGCGAGUUGCUGAUACAUCAAUAAUGCCAAAGGUCACAUCUGGAAAUACAGCAGCGCCAGCCAUGAUGAUUGGGGAAAGAGCCGCUGAUUUUAUCAAAAAAGACUGGGGCGCCAGGCCUACCCAAUGUUCCUACUCGUCAAAGGACAACUCAGUGGACCUGCUCAAAUGGGGAAUCAAAUAUCUCAACUUGAACCAGGACAUUUGGUGAUUUUCACCCUGGAUAAAUAUAAAGCAGCAGUCCAGCCCAGAUGAUAAAGUGAACAAUUAGUCCACAUUAUCACCAAAACACUAGUUGAAUGAGAAAUAUUUUUUCAGCAAACUACGAAGUAAAAUUACAUACUUUUUAUAAUUGCAAAUGAAAUGUAAAUUUUUGCAUGAAUCAAAUAAAAUUUUUAUACUUA